CCCCCUCUUCUAACACGCAUUCCUCGGGAGCCAUCUAUCAAAUCUCUUUCUCUAUCUAUCUCGCGUUUGUUCUGUCGGGGAGGAAGAAAAAAUGGCGUCGUUCGACGAAGCACCACCUGGGAACUCUAAGGCAGGAGAGAAGAUCUUCAGGACCAAGUGUGCGCAGUGCCACACCGUUGACAAAGGUGCCGGUCACAAGCAAGGUCCGAACUUGAACGGGUUGUUCGGAAGGCAAUCUGGGACAACUCCUGGAUAUUCCUACUCCGCGGCUAACAAGAACAUGGCUGUGAUGUGGGAGGAGAAGACUCUGUACGAUUACCUGUUGAACCCCAAGAAGUACAUUCCCGGGACGAAAAUGGUGUUCCCUGGACUGAAGAAACCGCAAGAACGUGCUGAUCUCAUCGCCUAUUUGAAGGAAGCCACCGCUUAAUUUGGAGUUUUUGGGAAAUGUCCCCUUAGCUUUUGCAUUCCGACAAUGGAGUCUAUUAUUCUCCGCAAUUCUUUAGCCAAUAAAAUAAAUGAAGACUGUGUUGGGUCAUGAAACCGAGUUUUGUAUCGUAUGGGCAUAUUUCUGAUUUUUCUCCAAAGAGGAGAGUGUUUUCACUGUCAUUUCAUUUGCUUCA